AUGUCCUACCCCGAGUCGCAUUAUCUCAGCCCCAUCUGGCGAGAUGACCUAUUCAAGGGUCGCGUCGCCUUUGUGACGGGUGGUGCUGGCACGAUCUGCAGUAUGCAGACGAGGGCGCUUGUGCGUUUGGGUGCCGACGCCUGCAUUAUUGGACGUAACGUGGAGAAGACAGAAAAGGCUGCCAAGGACAUCGCAACAGUUCGUCCCGGCGCAAAGGUUAUCGGCAUCGGAGGAUGCGAUGUCCGCAAGGUUGAGAGCCUGAAGGAGGCUGCUGCCCGCUGUGCAAAGGAGCUAGGCGGUAUCGACUUUGUCAUUGCCGGAGCAGCAGGCAACUUCCUCGUCUCCAUGGAAGCCAUGAGCCCCAACGCGUUCAAGGCCGUCAUGGACAUCGAUGUCCUCGGCACCUUCAACACCAUCAAGUCCACCAUGCCCUACCUCCUCAAAAGCCCCGACGCACGCAUCAUCUACGUCUCCGCCACCUUCCACUACACCGGCAUGCCUAUGCAGGGCCACGUCGCAGCUGCCAAGGCGUCUGUUGACUCCCUCAUGGCAUCUGUAGCUCUGGAAUACGGUCCGCGCGGCGUCACGAGCAACGUCAUCUCUCCCGGCGCCAUUGCCGAUACUGAAGGCGCUGCCCGGCUUUUGACAGGUGAUGCAGCUGCCCUCAAGCACCGCGCUAGAGCUAUCCCCACUGGUCGUCUGGGAACUGUCAAGGAUAUUGAUGAUGCUACGGUGUACCUGUUCAGCUCUGCUGGCUCUCACGUUAACGGACACGUGUUGGUCGUUGACGGUGGUUCGUGGAGAAGACAGGGCUCACUUGCCAUGGGCGGAGAGGAUGUGAAGUACCCUGAUUUCUUACUCGCAGACGGUGAGGAGCCCAAGGUGAAGCUGUAA